AAUAUAUUUGAAUAAUACGGUAAGAAAACAUAUAUGCUAUUAUACGAGAGAAAAUAUAAUGAUGUUACCACGCAAUCUGCGCGAGCCACCAUGCUAGUUAAAUAGUAAAUAAGUGGGACCCACAGAACACAACAAGUAACAAAAGCCCGGUCCAUCUCAAAGUCCACAGCCGUGCGUGACUUUGCUCAAUUCAAAUGCAGCACGAAUUUUAAACAAAGAUGAAUGGUAAAUAAAAAGUGACAGAUUUAUCACUCUGUUUUCUGUCACUCUGAGGCUUAGCCAUGGAGGACUGGAUCUUCUACUCGCUGACCUUGCUGCUAUGCCUCGCGUGCUCGCUGCUGCUGCGCGCCCGCGCGUCGGCGGCGGCGGUGGAGGUGGCGCCGCUGCCGCCGGGGCCGAGGACGGUGCCGGUGCUGGGCCCGCUGCUGUUCCUCGCGCGGAGGGAUUUCGACGUCGAGCCGACGCUGCGGCGGAUCGCGGCGGAGCACGGGCCGGUGUUCACGUUCGCGCCGCUGGGGCCGUCCCGGCCGACGAUCUUCGUGGCGGCGCGUGGCCCGGCGCACCGCGCGCUGGUGCAGCGCGGGGCGGCGUUCGCGUCGCGCCCGCGCGGCGUCAGCCCGGCGUCCGUGCUGCUCACCAGCGGCGGCCGGAACGUGAGCUCGGCGCAGCACGGCCCCAUCUGGAGGGCCCUCCGGCGGUGCAUCUCCUCCGGCGUGCUCAACCCGGCCCGCCUCCGCGCGUUCUCCGACGCGCGCCGCUGGGUGCUCGACGCCCUCGUCUCCCACAUCCGCGGCGAGGGCGGUGCUCCGUUGACCGUGAUGGAGCCGUUCCAGUACGCGAUGUUCUGCCUCCUCGUGUACAUGUGCUUCGGCGACCGCCCCGGCGACGCGCGGGUGAGGGAGAUCGAGGCGCUGCAGCGCGAGCUCCUCUCGAACUUCCUCAGCUUCGAGGUCUUCGCCUUCCUCCCGCCGAUCACCAGGCUCGUGUUCCGGAGGCGGUGGAACAAGCUGGUGUCGCUGCGGCGGCGGCAGGAGGAGCUCUUCGCCCCGCUCAUACGCGCCAGGAGGGAGGCCGGCGCCGGCGGUGACUGCUACGUUGACUCCCUCGUGAAGCUCACCAUCCCGGAGGACGGCGGGAGGGGGCUCACCGACGUCGAGAUCGUCAGCCUCUGCUCCGAGUUCAUGAGCGCCGGCACCGACACCACGGCCACCGCGCUGCAGUGGAUACUGGCCAACCUCGUCAAGAACCCGGCGAUGCAGGACAAGCUCAGGGAGGAGAUCACCGCCGCCGCCGUCGACGGCGAGGUGAGGGAGGAGGAUCUCCAGGCGAUGCCAUACCUCAAGGCGGUGGUGCUGGAAGGUCUCCGGCGACAUCCCCCGGACCACUUCCUGCUCCCCCACACCGUGGAGGAGGAGACGACGCUGGACGGGUACCGCGUGCCGGCGAACACGCCGGUGAACUUCGCGGUGGGGGAGAUCGGCCUCGACAGCGAGGUCUGGACCUCGCCGGAGGUGUUCCGGCCCGAGCGGUUCCUCGCCGGCGGCGAGGGCGAGGACGUGGACCUCACCGGCAGCAAGGAGAUCAAGAUGAUGCCGUUCGGCGCCGGCCGGAGGAUCUGCCCCGGCAUGGCGCUGGCGCUGCUCCACCUCGAGUACUUCGUCGCCAACCUCGUCAGGGAGUUCGAGUGGCGCGAGGUCGCCGGCGACGAGGUCGACCUCACCCAGAAGCUCCAGUUCACCGUCGUCAUGAAGCGGCCGCUCAAGGCCACCGCCGUGCCGCUGCGCGGCGACCGAUCAGCCGCCGCCGCCGUCACGGGUUCAGCUUGAUCGAGCUAGGACCUCAACGACGACGAUGGCGACGGCGGCCGAAUGGUCAUGGCUUCUCUUGCUCAUGCUAAUAAGUAGUUAGCUAUUGUAUAAUGGUGAUUAGAUUAAGUUCCUCUGGUUCUUUUGGGAAUUUGUAAACUAAACUAAUGAUGUACUAGUGUGUAUGUACAAAUUUGUGAUUAGUAAUUUCGUAAAGUUAGUACAAAAGUAUAUGGAGCCUAAAUUUGUACUUUGUGUCUCACAAUCUUGGGAUAUGAACAUUUGGAGA